AUGUCUUCGAGCUUUGCAAAGUCCAAACUCAAAGCGAGCCGGGAUGCCAUCCAAGCCAAACGAUGGAGCGAAGCACUAGAAUCGGCGUGAGUGGCCCCCUCUGGUCGAUUUCCUCAAUGUUGCACAGUGCUUAGCGCUGAAGUGCAUCUUGGCAGCGACGCGGUGUUGGAGCACGAGGUCGACAAUUACAAUGCGUGAGCUUUGGCAGAAGAGGCGAUCUGGCCGGGGCGUGCUCUCGACUGACUGCCGCGCUGCUCCUGCUCCUGCUCCUUUGGCUCCAGUCUGGUCUUCAAGGGACUCGCUCUUCUGAAUCUGGAACGAUACGAUGAAUCGGAGCGGGCAUAUCGGGCUGCUGCUCGAGCCCAGCCAGAUUCUCCUUUGGCCUGGCAAGGUCUGGAAAAGUUCUUUCAGCAGCGCAAGAAUGCUGCAGGCAUACAGGAAUGUCUCGAAGAAGAGAUGCGCGUAUUCAGCCAAGCGUGAGUACACACACACACCCGGCAAAGAGCUGCGCCAUGCUCACGUUCGAGCCUACUCGACUAUGAGCAGAGAGGAUGCAGGCAAGCUGGCAGAGGCGAUUCAGCGCCUCGUAGCACUCCAAAGGGAGGAAGGAUCCUCGGCCCAAGUGGCUGCAGCACUCGAGCUCUAUCUCGAGUCAUCGCCUCAUCACGCGCUCUUGGCUACGCUUCCCCAGCCCGAUCAGAGCAGCCCUACAGCAACGAGCACGUACGAGGCGCAGCUGGCCGUGCACCAAAAGUCUUUGGACGUGCUGUUAGAGGUGAUCAGCUUGACGGAAGCGGUUGAAGAAGCUGCAAUUGGCAGGGAAGUUGAAAAGAGAAGGACAAGAUUGGAUUCUGCUGGAAAGACCAGAGCGGCGCUGCGCGAUGAGGUCGGAGCGGAGGUGUGGGCAAACAGCAAGGUCAGCUGGGAGCCGUGUUGCGCAAAGUAUGCGGUCUGCUCAAAGUGACCCUCCGUCUGUCGCAGUUGCCCGCCUUCUUUGAGCUGGUCCUUGCGCACGCCUCUGCGCCCGAUGAAAGUCGUCGCCAAGCAGAGCUAAAGCUGCUACAACAUCGUUAUAAAUUGCUGCUCAGCUUGCCUAAUCCUCGUAGCAGGCCUGAUGCACCUACAGGUACCGCAGCAACGGAUGGCAAGGCCAGGGCGCUCGAUGCGCAAAAGUCGGAGCGAAAAGACGACACUCGAGAGCAGGUGCUGCAACUUGCGCAUGGCAUGGUCGCUAUUGGUGUGGCGGAAGAGCUCGCGUGGGAGAUCGACUUGGAGUGGGCCGACCACACCAGACUUGGUGGGUUUGUGCCGUGGUAGGGGCAGUCGCAUCUCUCGUCUGACGCUCUACACACCUCCUUAGAAGACUUGCCGCGCGACCAUCUCCGAGCGUUCAUCGAGAAAUUCCCCAGAGCAGGCCGAACACUUGCGUUUCGCGGCUUAUUGACAGCACUGCAGGACGAGCAGUACCUCGAAGAUGAAGCGGACAUUGCGAAACGCAACGAUGUCGAGCAAGCUACACCUGAUCUGUUAGCUCUUGCAAUCGUAAGUCGCCUGGCGUGGGCUGUCUUGAGGGUGCCUCUGAACUUGCUCCCGCCCGCUCAGCACGCCCUCGAGGAUGCACCCCAAUCCAUCCUUGUGCACCGCAUUGCGUCGACAAUGUACUUGCUUGAUCGCGACUAUCUCUCCGCCUCGGAUAUCUGCUCUGCCGGUCUGGCCUUGGUCAGCAAGCUAGAAGCUGCUGCUGCGCUCGACCUGUCGAGCACACGGCGCUCUUUGGAAUCAACGCUCGCGGGUGCUCUUUCGCGUCUUCACCCACCUCAGCAUCAUGCACGAGCGCUGCGUCUCUUAGACGGGGUACUUGCUGGAGAUGCAGAAAAUACAGACGCUAUGAUAGCCAAGGCAUUCAUCGACGAGACCGCUUUACGAUGGGAUGACGCCAAGGAGCUUUAUCGUCAGGCGGAAGCACUGGCUCGCAAAGCGCCCGAGGUGUCACCCCUGUCCUUCUCCUCUCAUCCAGGCGUCGAAGCCAAAGGCGGGAUGGCUUGGUGCGAUGUCCGUGCUGGUCGCUUCAACGAUGGCAGACAGGCCUUGGAUACAUUGUUGAACAACAUAGACGGGGACGACGGCUCUCUACAACUCUCGUUCGAAGAAAGGGCACAGGCUUGGUGGCGGCUAGGGUACUGUCUGUGGCAGAUGGGCGGUAAGUGGCUGUUUCGCUGCAAGACUGUGUCGACCGAUCAAGUCUAAUGUGCCGCCCACCUCACAGGCGAGCAAAAGACGAACCCAGAGAAUGCCUUUACAUGCUUCGUCACCGCUCUCAAGCGCUCGCCUGGUUACGCUCCGGCCUUUACUUCGCUUGGCUUUUACUAUGAAGAGGUCGCAAGUGAUGCUGGUCGCGCUGCCAAAUGCUUUCAAAAAGCCUUUGAGCUUGACGCUCGUGAAGACGUUGCAGCUAGGCAGCUGGCAGUCGGCUUUGCCAAUGACAGGGAGUGGGACCUGGUCGAUGUGGUGGCACGUCGCGUGGUCGAAGGGGAAGGUGGCAGCGAUGCGCUGAGUGGAGCAAUGGCUUCUCUCAGGAAGCACAUUAGUCGUAAUGCUUGGGCUUGGAAAGCUAUAGGCUCCGUCGAGCUUCAACGGGGCCACUUUGACAAGGCCAUCGAGGCUUUGCAUGUUGCACUCCGUACCCAGCCAGCCGAUGCCUCAGCUUGGCAGCGACUUGGAGAAGCGUACGCAGGCUCUGAGCGAUACUCUGCUGCUCUCAAGGCAUUUCACAAGGCGCAAGAGUUAUCACCAGACGAGUGGGCGGUGCGCUAUAGUAUCGCAGAGGUUCACCGUGACCUGGGAGAAAUGUACGAGGCAUUGGCCAUUUUCAACGACAUUUCAAAGCAUCACCCGGAAGAAAUUGGCGUAACAAUAGCUGCAGCCGAGACCAGCCUGCUCUUGGCCAGGCAGCAGAUGGCUGGUGGAUACGUGCUCCGGGCUCAGCAGUCAUUGCAGGAUGCUUUAGCGCACUGCCUCAUCGCUCUGUCCGCCGAGCCACGUCUGCGCUCGGGCUGGAGCAUCGCAGCGGAUUCGGUAUUGGAGCUCUCCAGAGUGGCAAGCGAUGGUCGCAUACGAGAGUCGCAAGUUUCGCAGCUCCUGUCCUUGCUAGAGAUCUGCAACGACGAGCCGGUCGACGCGGGCCUGCCUAGCGUCUCAGUGUGCCAACGUCAUGAAGUCAGGAGCGGGAGCGCGAACCCGCAAUUUUGUGCCAAAGCAAGCGUCUUCUUGCACAAGCUCAGAGUGGUGUCGGCUGCGCCAGAUGAGCAAGCCGACGCGUGGUCGAGCCUGGCCGUCGCUCUUCAACAGCUAGAUCUUAGAGCGCACGUCGAUGGAGCUAAUGAGCAGGCUACGGCGUGCAUCAAACAAGCCUUGAGACUGCAGCCAGAAUCAAGUCGCUUCUGGAUGAUACUUGGAAACCUCUCGUUCUUGUCCAACGUGACGGUAGCCCAGCAUAGCUUCCUCCGGGCAAUCGAGGCAGCACCACAGGUACGCAAAGACCAUGCCUUGCCCUCCUUCAGCACGUGAUUACUCACCUGCCCCUCUUCCUUGUCUUGGUCAGGAUGCGCUGCCUUGGUGCUACUUGGGGCUCCUCUACCUCCAGCACGAUGAUGUAGAGCUUGCCAAUCAGGCUCUGAUAAAGGCACAGACUCUGGACCCGGAUCUCCCUCAAGCAUGGGCAGGUCAAGCAUACAUUGCGCUCAGGCACGGUGAUGAGGCAGCCUCCCGAGUCUUGUUCGCCCACGCCGUAAGCCUUUCGGAGUCAUCAUGCGUGAGUAAGGCACGCGACUUGCGAGUAGCGCUUGAACUCACAAACGUCUCGCAUUCGGAGCAGCUCGAGGCGGACUACGGAUUCGCGUCUGGGGUGUACAAGCUGCUCUGCUCUGCCACUCCUCCACCAAAGACGCAGCUGCAUGCUCCCGCCUUUUCCCUCUCGGUUCUUCUUGCCUUUAGCCCACACGAUAGCACCGCUCUGCACCUGUCGGCGCUGUUUUGCGAACAACUUGGUGAAUUUGAAUUGGCGAUCGAGCGCAUCACUAAGGCGGCUUCUCUUCUAGAGAGCGAUUACGAGGCAGAUGAGAAGCCUCUCACAGCUACAAAGUACGCCAUAGCGCAAGCCAAUCUUGGACGCAUUCGAUUGGCAAUCGGAGAUGCUGGCGGCGCUGUGGAUGCUCUGGAAGCAGCCUUGGGAUUGUUCGAUGCGGGAACAGACGACGCCGCUUCAGGUGAGAUGAUGGACGGCGAGAAGCGGAUAGCGGUCCGCGUUGCGGCGCAUCUUGGACUGGCGCUGGCUCAUCAUCUAUUGGAAGACGAUGAGGUGGAAGCGGCUCUUCAAAGUGCUCUCGAGGAGAUAAGCAGCCUCGACGAUGAGCAUUUCAAGUCAAAAUUACGCGCGCAGAUCUCUAUAGAAAGAGUUCGUUUGCUGCCUCCGAACAGCGAUAGCUACGACAAUGCCACCGCCGAGCUUCUUGACUGGUGAGUAGGCGCCCCUUCGGCUGCGAACAAAUCGCUGCUCCUUGGUCCACUCGAAGCUUACACCUCUUGGACCUCCCCGCAGCGUCACUUCCAUGCCCAACGAUUUGAACGUGUUGAGCAUGCUCGCCGCGAUUGGUGUGGCAGAUGAAGAUCAUGGACUCAUCGAUGCUGCGACGAGCGAGAUUGCCUCCAUGGACUCCUCGAAGAGAAGCGAAGACAUUGACCUGCUGCUCGCUCUCAUUGACUUUGGUCAUGGACCAGUGAGUGGGCGUGGCGUCUGCCUGCACGCGCGUGCCUCACAUUCCACUGCUCAAUCCUUGCAGGAGAGAACAGACACUGCAUUGUCGCGAUUGCGCAGCGCAGCGGAUCAGACGCCGUCCUCGGUUGAAGCGCACCUCACGUACGCAGAAGCUUUGCUGCGAGCUGCGACAUCGACAAACUCGAAACGUCGCGCGGAAGAGGCUUAUGUUGCAGCUCAAAAGGCAUUUGGGGUCGUCAACUCGACCGAGGGUGGCGAAGAGAACUACGCGCGAUCGAUGCGCCUUUUGGCACUCGCUGCUUCGUUCAGCAACGCUGAUGCACCCGCUGUCAACCCUGCCGAAGAAGCAGUGAACGCUUCCGAGUCGCAGCCACGAGCAGCGGCUCCUCCUGACCUUGGUCAACGCGCUCUUCAUGCGGCGCCUUGGGAUUCCAAAAAUUGGCGCACUGCAGCGUUUGUCAGGGCGAAGGAGUCAAAGGAAUAG